AUGGCUUGCCUGGCGGGUGCCCUGUGCCUGGUCCUGGGAUGGCGUCUGGCUCUCGCCCUGGAAGGAGGGAUGCUCUAUCCCCGGGAAUCACCGUCCAGGGAGCUGAAGGACCUCAGUGGUCUCUGGAGCUUCCGAGUCGACUGGUCCGAGCAAAGGGACGCGGGGUUUGUGCAGCAGUGGUACCGGCAGCCUCUACGGCAGUCCGGGCCAGUGAUGGACAUGCCGGUCCCCGCCAGCUUCAACGAGAUCACUCAGGAUCCCAGUCUGCGGAAGUACGUCGGCUGGGCUUGGUACGAGAAGGAGGUGCUCCCGCCUGCCCGCUGGCUCCAGGAGGAGGCUGGGACACGCGUGGUGCUCCGGGUUGGCAGCGCGCACUACUACUCCAUUGUGUGGGUCAAUGGGGUACAGGUGACGGAACACGAGGGCGGCCACCUCCCCUUCGAAGUGGAGAUCGGCAACUUCCUCCAGCCCGUGGAAUUGUGCCGCAUCACCAUGGCCAUCAACAACACCCUGACGCCCCACACGCUGCCUCCAGGGACGAUUCAAUAUUUCAAGGACGAGGCCAUGUAUCCCAAAGGCUACUUUGUUCAAAACACAAGGUUCGAUUUCUUCAACUACGCCGGGAUUCAUCGCCCUGUCGUCCUGUAUACGACCCCCUCGGCCUACAUAGAUGACAUCACAGUGACCACAGAUUUAGCAGGAAAUGUCGGUUUGCUACAGUACUUGGUCUCGGUACGGGGGAGCCCCCACUACUCCCUGACUCUGACUUUACGAAAUAGAGAUGGCGACGUGGUAGCUGCUGCCAACGGAUCGGCUGGCGGACUGAAAGUGCUGGAUCCCAACCUUUGGUGGCCCUACCUGAUGAAUGAGCAACCCGGGUACCUUUACUACUUAGAGGUCACGCUGUCUGCCAUGGUGAACGGGGAGGCCUUGGAAGACAAGUACACGCAGCCAGUCGGUUUCCGUACCGUGCGGGUCACCAGCACCCAGUUCCUCAUCAACGGGAAGCCGUUCUACUUCCAUGGGGUCAACAAACACGAAGACGCUGACAUCCGUGGGAAAGGACUGGACUGGUCACUGAUCGUGAAGGACUUCAACCUUUUGCGCUGGCUGGGAGCCAAUGCUUUUCGCACGAGCCACUACCCCUACGCUGAGGAGAUCAUGGAGCUUUGCGAUGCCUACGGCAUUGUGGUGAUUGAUGAGUGUCCAGGAGUGGGCAUGAGAGACCGCACCAACUUUGAAAACAAAUCUCUACAGCAUCACCUCAUCGUGAUGGAGGAACUCAUCCGCAGGGACAAAAACCGGCCCUCAGUCGUCAUGUGGUCGGUGGCCAAUGAACCAGCCUCAGAGCUGGCCCCAGCGGCUUAUUACUUCAAGACAGUCAUUGCUCAUACCAAAGCCAUGGACCCCACGCGACCUGUAACAUUCAUCUCAAACGCCAAUUAUGCUCGUGAUCAAGGGGCACCUUAUGUGGAUGUUGUCUGUGUGAACAGCUACUUCUCCUGGUACCAUGACCCCGGGCACCUGGAAGUCAUCCAGCUACAGCUCAAUUCACAAUUUGAGAACUGGUACAAAACUCACCAGAAGCCCAUCAUCCAGAGUGAAUACGGGGCCGACGCCGUGGCUGGCCUCCAUAGCGACCCUCCCCUUAUGUUCACGGAGGAAUACCAAGCAGCCGUACUGAAGGCAUAUCACACCAUCUUUGACCAAAAGAGGAAGGAAUACGUCAUUGGGGAGCUCAUCUGGAAUUUUGCUGAUUUUAUGACCGAACAAGGGACAACACGUGUUUUGGGGAACAAGAAAGGGAUUUUUACCCGUCAACGGCAACCCAAAUCUGCUGCCUUUCUUCUUAAGGAGAGGUACUGGAAGCUUGCCAACGAAUCCGGGCUUGUCCCAUCCAAGCACAACGGUGUCUGUUUCCCUCCGCCUCAGCCCUUCAAGUGUACUUAAGAGACUGACAUUCGGACAGGGCUGCGGACUCCUCUUGCUUUCUGAAUAGUUUGCUGUAGGAAAUCACACAGAAGACAGGGCCAACGGAACAUGUGCUUUGAGCAGAAGCUGCAAGAGGGAGAACACCGAGCCCAGCAGAGUCAGUGAGGAGCUAAAUGCCUGGACUCCCAGGCCACGUUUCAACUUUGGGGAUGCCAAGAAGUGUAGACUCAUGACGCUGCACCUUCAGUGAAACGUGCAUAUUUUUGCCUGUCAACAGCCAGACUGCCAGGAAUGGUCUCAGAAAACUGACUCAGCCUAGAGUUCAAUGACUCAGUUUGAUCCAUGACUACCAUUUCAUUC